AUGCUGGGGAUCUUGGUCUCGCUCUCCUGGCAUUCCACAAAGCAGCUCGCCUGUACCCUACGAGCUGGAGACGUGGUGGAGGCAGAACGAGCGUACAGGAAGGGGCUGGGGCUGAGCCCCAGGGAUGAAGAUGUCUAUUCGAAACUUGUGAAUGUCAUGUUGAGACGAGGGAAGAGAAAAGAAGCUGCGAAGCUCUGUGAGGAGCUAGUUUAUCUGCUAGCUUCACGGACAGGAGAAGCGAGAGACUGCGGAGAACGUUUUUAUCUUGAAGCAGCCAACAUCUUUCAUCUGAUCGAAGACUACCGUACUUCUGCUCGCUUGCUGUUGAUGUCUUCAAGGGUCUGCUAUCCUUCUCCUCGAUCUCUCGUGGCGUUUGCCCAGAUCUUGAUGCGUUCAAACUCCCAUGCGCUCGCCGUGCAGGCGCUCAUGGCGGCAGGGAGGAUGUUCAGGCUGCACAGAGGUGCGAGGUCAGAGGAGCUGGAAGAGGAGGAGGAUGAGGGGACGAGUCCAAGGGAUGGCAAGACAGCAACGGGGAGCAGGGAGGACCCGGUCCUAGCAGUAGAGCUGCUGUGUAACCUGAUGUUGAGCUUGCAACGGAGCUCCUUCUGGGUUUACCAUCACUUUCCGUUGAUCGAGUUUGACUCGAACUUGACGCGGCCAAGUACUUCAGACGUCUUUCUCUCUUGUUGGCCGAACGUCCUGACCUGCUGCUUCGGUGAUGAAUUCUGCACUUCUGCUACUCAUGCUGGAGAGAUUGGGCUUUCCGUGGAGCAGACAAAGGUUCUGGCUGAAGAGAAUGCGAAGAAACACUUGAGAGAAGUUCAAAUGCUAUACAACUCAAGUUUUGCUCUUCACAGUCUCGAUUUCACUUUAAUGUCAACCCGCAAGCUCCGCAUCGGGUAUCUUUCAGGGACGGGGUUUCAUGCUUCCACCACAACUGCCAACUUCAUUGUUGGGGUGUUGAAAUCACAUGACAGAAGACACGUUGUGGUUCAUUGUCUUGCACUUGCUGGCGAUGACGGCUCAAUGGUUGUAUCACUCACUCUGUUGAGAAAUGAAGGUCAGGAUGGAGAUCAGCAGAUCUUGCUUCGAGUUUGUUGA